AUGAACGAAAAGUUUCAGGUUGAAGAGAUAGAAUCCGUUCUGGGUAAUGCAUUUCAAGCGGCCGCAAUGACAUCUCGCUCGAUCGCACCUCAGCAACACAACGAUCAACUCGUACCUCAAAAACCACACCAGCUAAGACCGCAAUCCAAAUCCAUAAUCACCCCGCAACGUUUCAUCAACAGCGGUGUUAUGCCACCACCAGGUAAUCGCCGAUAUUCAUCGAAUCGCACGUCGACGAUUCUCAUCGACUCGAAUCCAGCCUCUCUUCAAAGCCAUCCGACUCCUUUGUUGAUUACCGAUACGAAAGGUACACGGAUCGGCAAAACUGACACCGUUGCAUCGAAUGUGAGUUCAGACACUGCGAAAGGUAGCGUAAUGGAGAGUAAAGCUUGUUUGAAUGGAACCACCGACCGAGUGACUCCUCUGAUGGCCACUCCAGUCACCACCAAACAACGACCGUUAUGUACAUCGGCGGCUUUGCUGAAUCGUCUCUUUGGAGGACAUUUAAGUAGCAAAUCACGAAUGAACUCGGAACUGUUCAGCAAUAAAGAAAAUGCAGUGGAUGCUGCAAGUGGUAUCGGCAAAAACGAAGAUUCAACGAAAAUAAAUCCCCCACUGAAACGUAGAAGACGUCCCGUAAGUGCAGUCUUCUCGCAGGCAUUCCAUCGUCUCUCUUCCUCAACGUCCAUCUACAAUAGCAACAAACGAGUCAGUUGGCCUUUUAUCAGAUUUUUUUUUGUACACCAAGCAUCAGAUCUUAAAUGCGACACAUUUGAUAAACAUUUGAACUAUGAAUGCUCUACUUGUAAGCGCGGUAAAAGAGUUCCAGAGGUUGAACUCACUAGAUUUUUUGAAUAA